AUGAACCUAUCGUUAGGGUUUCUUUUGGUGUAUUACUCUUUGUUGUUCAAUAACCUGAUGGACACCAAAUUGUGUACCAGAGUUUUGCAUGAGAGACGAGAAGCUCUGCAUUAUCCAAGUGGGUCUAUGGAACUUUCUGUUUCCUCUCCAAAGGAAAGCGUGUUGUCUCCACCCGAUUGUAUGAGUGACCCUGAGGAGCAUGAGAUCAGCGAGGAGGAGGAUGACGAUCGCAACCAUAAGCACCGUAGGAAAGAAGAGAGGAGGUCUCAGUCCUUGGAACAAGAUUCUUCAGAUCAGGUUUUCUCACGGCCGUACAAGAAAAACUAUAGGCAUUUUGAUAAUGGCAAUACGUCUGGUGAACAUGAAAAGCGGUCUCUAGGGUCGUCGUCAGCACAGCGUGUACAGUUUGAUAAUCAAAGAGCAAGAUCUAACCCAAUGUUUUCAAGGGACACUGGUCCUGGUAGAGGUAGAGGAAAUUAUGGCCCUUGGACCCAGCGUGAUUCUAGGUUUAAUCCUGUUGAUCUCUCAUCUCAUAUGGUACCGGGCAUGUUUGGAGGAAGGGGACUAGCUGGUGUUUCAGCUGCUCAGAGUGCACCAUGGCCUGCUUUUGGAAUGCUUCCUGGAGGUUUAAAUGGUGGCUUGGAUGCUUUCCAUCACUUGCAAGGGUCCUUAAGACCGCCCUUAAAUGCUUCACUCAACAUGGGUAUUCCUCGGCAGCGAUGCAGAGACUUUGAGGAACGUGGUUUCUGCCUCAGAGGAGACAUGUGUCCGAUGGAGCAUGGAAUCAAUCGUAUUGUUGUUGACGAUGUUCAGAGUCUAUCACAGUUCAACCUUCCCGUUUCAGUCCCUGGUGCACCUCAUAUGGCAGCUUCUUCUAAACCAGUCCCUGCACAGUUUGGGUGUGCUAAUUUCAUGAAUACUAAAGGAGCUCAUGGGAAGAUUAACGAGGGUGGAAUGGCUGUUGAUGGUCUGGGUUAUGGUGAUGCAUAUCCUAGUGCAGGUGGAACUGAUUUUUACGAUCCUGAUCAACCUUUGUGGAAUAAUAGUGGUGGUGAAACUUCAGGGGCAUUAUCUACACUAAAUUCUCAUGGGAUUGAUGAGAAUGUAGCUCCAAUGGAUGACAAUAACCAAGAUGGCCCCGAAAAUGCGUGUGGUAUUCGAGACUCAAGAAGCACAAGUCAAUCGGUUUGGGGCAGAAUGCGUGGUUCUAAUAAUCAUGCGAAUUCCAAAGAGAAAGCGGAUGCAGUAUUGAAUUCAUCAGCUGGUCUUGAAGAUCAAUUGAAGGAGGUGUCAGUUAAUUCAUCCCGCCACGGUAAACAAAACCAUAUUGGUGAAAGUGUUGCAAAAGUUGUUGACUCAACAAAUAUUUCCAAUGAUGCGAUGAACAAUACAAGAAAACCAACGCAAAAGGCUAUGCGGACUCUAUUUGUGAAUGGUGUUCCCCACGAGAGCAACAGAAGGGAUCUCAUUCUUGCCCAUUUUAAGAAAUUUGGGAAAGUUAUUGACAUUCACAUCCCAAUAAAUAGUGAGCGAGCAUUUGUUCAGUUCUCGAAACGCGAAGAGGCUGAAUCUGCUCUCAGGGCACCUGAUGCUGUGAUGGGUAACCGCUUUAUCAAACUUUGGUGGGCAAAUAGAGAUAGUAUACCUGAUAAUGGCCUGUCCAUUGGCAAUGGUGCUUCUUUUAAGGGUCGUGGUAUGACUGCUCCUGGAGGGCAGAACCAGCUUCCUAUUGCUGCAGCAUCGAAAAGCAACCAUGUAUCUUCCAUUGCAAAGGGUUCUGCUUUCCACACCGGUGGAGCUCCAUCAUCCUCUGAAGUUCAGCCUAAGCCUUUGGGGGUCACUAGUGGUCCCAAGGUUACGCCGCUUCAGCAGAAGAAAGCAGACACUCUUGAGCAGUUGAAGGAGACUCUUCGAAAAAAGCAGGAAAUGCUGGAGCAGAAGCGUAAUGAGUUCCGCAAAAAGUUAGCUACGCUUCAAAAACAAGGUACAGUUGUCAAGGGCGAGGAAGCAGAUGAGCCAGAUGCUAAGCGCGUUAAAGUAGACACAGCCUCUAAUUCCGGUGCCGUAAUCUCAACACCAAAAAUAGAGUCAUCGACAGAUAAGAAAGUGCCUGUCCAGAAACCACUUUCUACUGCUAAACUAAGCACGGAAACGCCAUCGCCUGAUUCAAAACACUUGAAGCAAAGACCUUAUUCAUUUACCACAAGUUUGAUCACACCUAUGGUAAAUAGGUAUAAGUUGGACAACCGCACCACUACCUUCAAAGUGGUUCCUCCUUUGCCAACCGGGUUAGCCGAUGUUGCUGUAUUGAAAGAACAUUUUUCUUCUUAUGGGGAAGUCUCAAAAGUGGAACUCGAAGACAAUGCAUCGACUGAUAGUGGCAAGGAUAAGGAUGAAACAUAUAACGAAAACCGUGCAGCUUGUGUGACAUUUGUGAAACGCAGCGCAGCCGAGAAAGCGUUUGCUAACGCAAAGUGCUGGCAAGAACACAUGUUGCAGCUCGUGUGGGUAACACGUCAAAGCAACAGAGAGAAUAAUAGUAGCAAAAAUAAUGCUAAUCUCUCUGUUUCACGUGACCAACUUAGCAGCAAAAACAAGCCUACUUCUUCUGUUUCUAAUGACCCAAAACCAGCAGAUGAAGUCAAAGCCUCUUCUACGGAAGAAGCGGAGAACAAAAUUGUCUCUAGAGACGGCAAUACUUUAGAUGAAGGAGAGACCAAAGAAAGCGACAGUGGCAACGAUAAAAGUAACAGCGAGUCCAUGGAAGGAGCUUCUGAAGCGAUUGCGGCGUCAGGAACUGAUGAAGAACCGUUGGAAGUUGGAACAGAUAUUUGA